AUGGCUUCCCUCAAGGCUUUGGCAAAGCUACUGGAUCCCUCAGGUAACCUGAUUCCUGUAUCCAACAUCCUUGAUGUUUCCUGCUUCCAUCACUUUUGCCUGGUGCAGAGGAAGAAAAAAGCACCCUUCUGGGGAGUCCGAUAUGUCAAGGCAGACUUCUUUCUCAGAGAUAUUCUGGAAGAUGAACCUGAACUGCCAGAACCAAGAAAAGACCCAGGGAUUAAAAUUCAAAAGGACAGUAAGAAGACUAUAGAGGCUGGAGUGAAGACUCCAAAUACUGGGGUCCCUUUGGAUAUCACCAUCUCUGCUGGUGUCUCCCAUGAAAACUGCCUGGAGAUUCAGAAGCUCAGCAUCGGGCAUGAGUUGGAGUCCUUAAUAAAACGCUCCAAUACCACCAUCCAUGUCUCUCAGGGUUCCAUCCUGGCCCUCCGACUAAAGCUGCUUAUCAUUGAAAACAGAAACUGGGGACUUGAGGGAUUCCUGGCACUUCAGGCAGAGGUGAAACGCAAAAUCUGCAAUUUGAAGAACCCGAUCCUGGAACACUGUGCAAGUCUAUUGGAUGCCCUCUUGGGACUUCUGGGUCAGGCCAAAGCCCUACAAGAGCUGGAGGACAAGAUAAUGGAGACAUCUGGACUCCCAGUAAGCAUCUCAAACCAUGGAAAGGACCAGAUCCAGAUGCAAGGGGAGCAGAGAGGAAGACAGACCAGUGCAUCACUUUACCGGCAACCCGAGACCAGGAAGAGAAGCAGACGAACAUUGCUGCUGUCCCCUGUUAGCUACUUGCUGGACACGCUCAAAGCACCGAGAUCAAAAUCAUCACUGAUGAACCGAGCUUUGGACCUUGAGGAGCCAGUGACCCCAGGAUUCCUAGGGGGCCCUGAGGAUGCCAUCCUAGCCAAGCUGCAGGAUGCUUCAGAGCUGAGUGAGGAGCAACAGCAACUGCUGGCAAUGUCUGUGGAGAAGGAGAUUCUCUCCCAACAGCUGCAGCUGAUGAAGGCCAUCCUGGACGAGAAUUUCCCUCGAACUGAGGCAGGAUCAUUUCCUCUCCAUUGUGAGCUCCUCCAGACCCUUCAAGGAGAGGAGUUGACUGUGACCCAGGCCUUGAUAGGUCUCUGUGGCCUUGACCUACAGGGUGAUGGUCCCCUCUUUGCCUGGGACCCUGAUGCCCUGCCUCCCCUCUGUGCCCUAUAUGCUGCCCUCUCUGUUUUUCAAGUACUAUCUAUAGUAAUGGUGAACCUUGUAGAGAGGCAGGAGACGUCUUCAGGCACACAUGGAGAGGGGAAGGGGAGCAACUCAGCCCCGAGUCCCUCUGGCUUUCUAAUAACAAACUCUGGUGAACUCUGCUGGGGUGACGGUAGGCAUGCCUACACAAAGGACUAUGUGUGCCCCCUCUGUCCCAUAGGUGUCCGACCUUGGAUAUAG